GAAAAAUACCCUCUUCAUUAGGACUUGUGCAGACUCUGGAGGUGGUUCGUCUUGACAGGAAUUCAUUAGACGGAACAAUUCCAUCAACCCUCAAAAGUCUCACACUUAUGAGUGAACUCUUCUUAUCAAACAAUAAAUUCACUGGCCCCUUGCCUAACCUCGCUGGCAUGAAUGCCCUCAACUACUUAGAUAUGAGCAAUAAUACAUUCAGCUCAACUGAUUUUCCACAGUGGUUUUCAUCUUUGCAGUCAUUGACGACUUUGGUAAUGGAGAACACUCAACUUCAAGGAGAAAUUCCGCCAACCCUCUUCAGUCUUUUUCAGUUGCAGACUGUCAACUUGAGGGGAAACAAGAUCAAUGGAACCCUGAAUAUUGCAUCCAACUAUAGCGGUCAACUAAAACUGAUUGAUUAGCAGAACAAUUCCAUCGAUUCAUAUACAACUUAUGCAUAAUCCAGUUUGUUAUGAAGAAGGAUCAGAAGACUACUGUGGCAAUUCCCAAACGAACUUUGGAUAUUCAACUCCACAAGAUAAUUGCCUUAAAACACAAUGCAGCUUUGAUCAAAUUCUUAGACCUACCUGAAAAUGUGCUUAUCCGUACACAGGCGACUUAUUCUUCAGAGCACCUUCCUUUUCUGACUUGACAAACACAAGCAUUUAUGAGUCACUUCAGAAGUCUAUGCUAUCUUCUUUUAGCCAAAAUCAGGUGCCUGUAGAUUCAGUUUCCUUGAGUAAUCCAAAAAAGAAUUCAGAGUA